AUGCACAUUACCAUAGGGUCCAGGAAGUGUGGCAACUCAGGAGACAGUGUGCAUGAAGCAGCAGGAACUUUCUAUUUACCCAAGACCUUUCUAAUUUGUUAUUUAUUUAUUUACAGUUCUACGGAAGAGCAGUUUCAUUGGCAAACACAAGAUGGUCAGAAGGACAUUGAAGAUGAGCUCACAACUGGUCUUGAGCUGGUGGACUCCUGUAUUAGAUCACUGCAAGAAUCAGGAAUACUUGAUCCACAGGACUAUUCAGCUAGUGAAAGGCCCAGCCUCCUAUCCCAGAGUGCACUUCAGCUCAAUUCCAAACCUGAAGGGUCUUUCCAGUAUUCAGCCAGCUACCAUAGCAACCAGACCCUUGCCCUGGGUGAAACAGCGGCAUCACAGCUCCCUGCCCGCAGCAGUCAAGCCCGAGCUGCCAUUCAGAGCUACAGCCAGGGCACAACUAGUCGAGCAACCCAUUUAGCUGGAUCUGAACCCUCUCAAUCACAUGCUGCCUCUCAGUCAAGAGAGUCCUUUGUGCCAAGCCAUGGGAGCGCGUUCCAUUUGCCUGAUUCCCAGCAUUCUUCGACACUUUAUUACUCCAGCUCCACUCUGCCAGCCCAGAGAGUGAGCUCUCCACUGUCCAUGCAGCAGGUGGGCUCUCCAACCAAGCUCCAGCGGGUGGGAUCAGCAUCGGAGAGCGCUGGAUACAGCACCACACAGCGGGUUUCCUCUCCCAAGCAGUCUCCAAGCCGCCUAGCUAAGUCUUACAGCACCAGCUCGCCAAUCAAUAUUGUUGUGUCUUCAGCUGGACUUUCUCCGUCCCCAAUUCGUGUGACCUCUCCACCCACCAUACAGUCUAAUAUUUCCUCCUCUCCUAUACAUCAGCUAAGCUCCACCAUUGGCACUUAUGCUACUCUGUCUCCUACAAAACGGCUGGUCCAUACUUCAGAUCAGUACAGCAAGCAUUCCCAGGAACUGUAUGCCACUGCUACCCUACAGAGACCUGGCUCCCUAGCAGCUGGGUCUCGGGCAUCUUACAGCAGCCAGCACAGCCACCUUGGCUCCGAGUUAAGGGCGCUGCAGUCUCCAGAGCACCAUAUAGAUCCUAUUUACGAAGACAGAGUGUAUCAGAAGCCCCCUAUGAGGAGUCUCAGCCAGAGUCAGGGGGACCCUCUGCAACCAGCACAUACAGGCACAUAUCGCACUAGCACAGCCCCAUCUUCCCCUGGUGUCGACUCCGUACCCUUACAGCGCACAGGCAGUCAGCACGGCACUCAAAACGCAACAUCGACCUUCCAGAGGGCCAGCUAUGCUGCAGGCCCAGCCUCCAAUUACGCAGAUCCCUACCGACAGCUGCAGUAUUGUCCUUCUGUUGAAUCACCAUACAGCAAAUCUGGGCCAGCCAUCCCACCUGAGGGGACCUUGGCUAGGUCACCUUCCAUUGAUAGCAUUCAAAAAGAUCCCAGGGAGUUUGGAUGGAGGGAUCCUGAACUUCCAGAAGUUAUACAGAUGUUACAGCAUCAGUUCCCCUCGGUACAGUCCAAUGCUGCAGCCUACUUGCAGCAUCUCUGUUUUGGAGACAAUAAAAUAAAAGCAGAGAUAAGAAGACAAGGAGGAAUACAGUUACUGGUGGACCUACUGGACCAUCGAAUGACAGAAGUCCACCGUAGUGCCUGUGGUGCGUUGAGAAAUUUGGUGUAUGGGAAAGCCAACGAUGACAACAAAAUUGCCCUGAAAAACUGUGGUGGCAUCCCAGCAUUAGUACGGUUACUCCGCAAGACUACAGAUCUGGAAAUCAGAGAGCUGGUCACAGGAGUUCUCUGGAAUCUCUCCUCUUGCGAUGCACUGAAAAUGCCAAUCAUCCAGGAUGCCCUUGUAGUGUUGACCAAUGCAGUGAUCAUCCCUCACUCUGGAUGGGAAAACUCGCCACUUCAGGAUGAUCAUAAAAUACAGCUCCAUUCAUCACAGGUGCUGCGUAAUGCCACUGGGUGCCUAAGGAAUGUCAGCUCUGCUGGAGAGGAGGCCCGCAGGAGAAUGAGGGAGUGUGAUGGACUUACUGAUGCAUUGCUGUAUGUGAUUCAGUCUGCUCUGGGGAGCAGUGAAAUUGAUAGCAAGACCGUUGAAAACUGUGUGUGCAUUUUGAGGAACCUCUCAUACAGGCUCGCUGCAGAAACAUCUCAGGGACAGCAGAUGGGAACAGAUGAACUUGAUGGAUUACUGUGUGGUGAUGCCAAUGGCAAGGAUGCAGAGAGUUCUGGGUGUUGGGGCAAGAAGAAGAAGAAAAAGAAAUCCCAAGAUCAGUGGGACGGAGUAGGACCUCUCCCAGACUGUGCAGAACCACCAAAAGGAAUCCAGAUGCUGUGGCACCCUUCAAUAGUCAAACCCUACCUCACACUUCUCUCCGAGUGCUCAAAUCCAGACACACUGGAAGGUGCAGCAGGUGCAUUGCAGAACUUGGCUGCAGGGAGCUGGAAGUGGUCAGUGUAUAUCCGUGCUGCUGUCCGCAAAGAGAAAGGCCUGCCGAUCCUGGUGGAACUGCUUCGAAUAGACAACGACCGGGUGGUAUGUGCAGUUGCUACAGCUUUACGAAACAUGGCCUUAGAUGUCAGAAAUAAGGAGCUAAUAGGCAAGUAUGCUAUGCGGGACCUGGUCCAUCGACUUCCUGGUGGGAACAACAGCAACAGCUCAGCAAGCAAGGCCAUGUCCGAUGACACCGUUACUGCCAUUUGCUGCACUCUGCAUGAAGUCAUCACAAAAAACAUGGAGAACGCCAAGGCCUUACGGGACGCAGGAGGCAUUGAGAAACUGGUUGGCAUUUCCAAGAGCAAAGGAGACAAGCACUCACCAAAAGUGGUGAAAGCAGCAUCUCAGGUCCUAAAUAGCAUGUGGCAGUACAGAGACCUGAGAAGUCUCUACAAGAAGGAUGGAUGGUCACAGUAUCACUUUGUAGCCUCAUCUUCAACAAUAGAGAGGGAUCGGCAAAGACCAUACUCUUCAUCACGUACACCCUCCAUCUCUCCUGUGCGCAUGUCUCCUAACAAUCGCUCAGCAAGUGCCCCUGCCUCACCUCGGGAAAUGAUCAAUUUAAAAGAAAGGAAAACAGACUAUGAAUCAACUGGAACAAAUGCCACUUACCAUGGAAAUAAAGGAGAACACACUUCCAGGAAAGACACCAUGACAGCUCAAAACACUGGAAUCUCAACUUUAUACAGGAAUUCCUAUGGUGCACCUGCUGAAGAUAUCAAACACAACCAGGUCUCAACACAGCCAGUUCCACAGGAGCCCAAUAGAAAAGAUUAUGAACCAUAUCAGCCGUUUCAGAAUUCGACAAGAAACUAUGAUGAGUCCUUCUUUGAGGACCAAGUGCAUCAUCGCCCCCCUGCAAGUGAAUAUAACAUGCACCUGGGACUAAAGUCAACCGGCAACUACGUCGACUUCUAUUCAGCUGCUCGUCCCUACAGUGAACUUAACUAUGAAACAAGCCACUAUCCAGCCUCUCCAGAUUCCUGGGUUUGAGGCUUGGGCAAGAUACAGAAGCUCCAGGAACUGUGCAUGUGCAUGCAUACCACAAGACAUUUUUUUCCUGCAAAUUUAGUUUGUUAAAGCCUGUUCCAUAGGAAGGCCCUGAUAACCAGUAUGGAAAAUUUAAGAGAUUUUAGAAGGCUAAAAGAAAUGCAAGUUAAAUAUGGAAGUAAUUAGAAAGAAAUAUAUAUAUACAAAUAUAUAUUACAGUGUGGGACAACUUUACUGUUGGCCUAUAGAGUCUAAAAUAACAGUGCUGUGUACUGAAUGUGGCUGAAGGAAGGAGGGAGAAUAUGACAGUGGAUGUGGGUCAAGAGUUAAGCACAAGAAACUGAGCAGCUUAUGUACUUUAUGGGGAACAGCUUCUCACACUUUGUUUAAUAUCCUCGUUCAUUGUGAAUCUAGGCUUCAAGUUGCAUUUGGGGUUUCCUCUGUACAGCAAGAUGUUUCUUGCCUUUUGUUAAUGCAUUGUUGUAAAGUAUUUGAUGUACAUUACAGAUAAAAAAACAAGUGCAUUGUGUAUAUUACACCAAUGCCACAGUGUUUCUUCAUCUAUGGUUCUAAAUAUUGCUUCAAUUUCAAAAUUUUGGAAGAUGUAUGAAUUUCCAGGGUUUUUCUUGUUUUCUUUUCCCCAGUGCGUUUUAACAAAAAAGGAAUAUUUAGCAGUAUUGUUCGUUCUGAUAUGUGAAUUUGUUUGUGGCAACUAAAAAAAAGGCAUUCAGCAGUUUCUGACAAUUAACAUUCAUCAUUCCACACUCCUU